UUUAAGUUUGCGUAGUUCUUGUAUAUUGUUAUUAUGAUAAUUUCUCACGUCUGCUGUCUUAAUGCUGUUUUUCAGGCUGAAGUCGAGGACACUUUAAAGAGAAUUCAGAGGCAUACGGGUGUUAUUGGCACAAUAGUCGUUAACACAGAAGGUGUUCCCAUCAGAACUACACUGGACAACUCGACCACAGUGCAGUAUGCAGGACUGCUGCAUCAGCUGACUAUGAAAGCCAGGAGUACAGUCAGAGACAUCGACCCUCAGAAUGACCUGACAUUUCUGCGCAUCAGAUCCAAGAAACAUGAGAUCAUGGUGGCGCCAGAUAAAGAAUACCUGUUGAUUGUCAUCCAGAGCCCAAAUGAAUAGUUUAUUGCAAUGAAACGAGAACAGACGUUUUUUGUUCUCAUGUGCAUACUAAAUGUGAAAUUGUUUUGAACAUGCUCCUGAACAUUUUCUGUUGUUGUUUGUUUGUCUUGUGUAUACACCGUUUAAAAUAAUAGACCACAACAUUGCUGUUAUUAAAUUAUUUGCACAAUAAAGAUUGAUUUUGCAAUGUUAUUCAGUCAUAAUGUUAUGGAUAGAAUAUUUUAAUAUAAUACACAAUUUAAAAACGUUCUUAAACUGGCUUAAGUUUUUGAAUUAAAUGAAAUGACAAGUCACUUGAAUAUAAAUAAGAUUAAAUGCCUAAAAAAAUCUAGUAUAACUGAAUUAACUUGAAAUUGGUUAUUUUGUUGAGUUAAAGUAACGGAAAACAUCGUAUUAACAUGACUUAUUGAGCAAAACAUUUUCAUCGGUGUACUUUAAAAUUUUAUUUAUGCUUUAUGACAGUUUGAUGAUUUGAUAGAUUUGUUUUUUACAAUAUGGCUGAAUUUGUUGUUUUUAUGCAUGCUGCAUAUGCAUGUGUAAUUCAUAUAAUGUCCAACAGAGAGCAGUAUCUCAUUCAGAAUCUGCAGAUGCACUAUUUGGUUUCUCUCAAAAAAUGCUGGUUUAACAAGGGGUGACAGCAGCAAUCUGGUUUAUUAUGCACUUUUGUUAGCACCAGGGUAAUGGGGCCUGUAUGCGUUUGCCUGUUGUUAAACCGAUUUGUUUCAUCAGCAAAUUAAAACACACAUUUAAUACAGUAGAAAAAUUCUGGAUAAAUAAGAUGUCUGGUACAGUUUGGCCAGUGUGGUUCAUACAGAAUGCUGAAAUGACACAACCCCCAGAACCUUUGAAUGAGUUCAUGCUAUUGAGCUGAUUUGCUUGUUGUUUUGUGUUUCAGUGGCCCGUGUGUAUUUGCCUGCGGGUGAAUGUUGUCUUUUGAAAGGAACAAUGUAGCCAGAACAUUUGUGCUCUAAUUAUUCUUUUCCUCUUCUGCCUCGAGCUUCUUCUGGUAUCUGGAUCUGGCGCAUGUUAAAUUGAUGACCCACUGCAUUUUUCAAAGCAAUAAAGUCAUAAAUGUCACAUUCUGUAAAAAGAACUAUAGACGCAAACAAAUAAGACCAUCAAAAUAAA